AUGCAAUUACGCAAGUACAAGGGAUACUCUCAUUCAAUCAUAGGCUGUAAGCAAAAGGAGGGUGAAACUGUACGAGAAUACUUCGCAAGGUUCAUAAACGCCACGUUAGACGUACCGGAGCAUGAUGAAAGGCUCAUAGAUGGCGCCUUUACGUGGGGACUUUUACCAGGCCCUUUAUCACAAAAACUCAUGGGAAAGAAGCCUCUAAAACGGGCCGAAUUAAGGCAGGAGGAUGGCGAGGCAGCAAAACAAGCCUACCUGAAUGCUAUGGCUGCUAGGCACCACAACCUAGGUCACAUGGAUUUCCGACGGCGAAGUAGGCUCUACGGCAAAGCAAGAAGACCACAGGUGUGGUUUCGACCGUUUGUCAAGGAUGACAGACACGGUCGUCGCCCGGAUGUGUACACGGUGUCGGAGAAACAGCAGCCAACCAAAUCGCCCAAGAACCGGUACUGUGAGUACCACAAAAGUAAGAUGCAUGAUACAACUAACUGUUCAGUAUUAAAAAAAGAAAUGGAAGAGAAACAACUCAAAGGGGACUUGGUGGAAAUAGCGCGAAGCUUGCGUGCCAAAUUUGACGCCGAAAACGCUAAAAACACGCCUCGCGAGGGGGUCCAGCCUAAGGAGAUAUUCAUGAUACGGAGCAAGAAAAGCAGGGAAGAGAAACAAAGGGAGCAAGGGAAUAUCAGACACUCGGUGCGUGCACUCACAUUCUCUGUACAAGACCCCCGCCCGGAGGGAUGGAGGGGCGAUAACCCACUAGUAAUCCAAGCCUCCAUCAGGGAUGUAACUAUACAUAGGGUCUACGUUGACACGAGAAGUUCGGCGGAUAUCAUCUAUGAGCACUGUUUUUGGCUUCUCCCAGACCGCUUGAAAAACAACCUACGGCCUACGACGGGGAGGCUGGUCGGAUUCAUCGGCCAUAGCCUAUGGUCGCAAGGCACAAUUCACCUUCCUUUGACCAUAACUAGCCACGAUAGGAAGCGAAAGAAAACCGCCCUGAUUGACUUUGUGGCCAUUCAGCAUUCGGUGGAGCACAAAAUCAUUCUGGGGAGAACAACUCUCUUAAAGCUAGGGGUGGUCCCAUCAACCAUGCAUGGGGUCAUGAAGUUUGACACUCCAAUGGGCGUAGCUACAGUACUGGCUGCUCCACCUAAAGAAUUGCAAUGCUUCACAGUCAUGAAACUAGCAGAGAUAACUAAAGAGGUCAAGAGGCCGAGACAUGAUCCUGUGAAAGGGAAGGAAGUGAUCAAUGAGAGACACCCUGACCAGCCAGUCAGUAUUGGGCGUGAUCUCCCAAGUCACAUAAGAAAAACGAUGGUCGAUUUGCUCAAGUGCUAUAAGCACGCGUUUUCAUGGACCCCUACGGGCAUGGUGGGGGUAGAAAGGAAAAUCAUUGAGCACAAACUCGUAAUUAAACCAGAAGCAAAGGAGGUUAACCAGAAGAAAAGGGUCCAAGGUAGGGACCGUAAUAGGGAAAUCAACGUAGAGGUCGCCAAACUAGCAGAAGCUGGAAUAGUAAGGGAAGAAAUAUUCCCAACAUAG